CAUUUCUGUUCCCAUCAGCAAGUGCUUCCCAAGCGGCAUCAGGCUGGUCUGACACCGCUUCGCGCUGUUUUAAUCUCUCGGGUGUUCCAGUCAUGGCUUCCAAAGUCAUACCGUGGUAUAAGAAGAAGCGCGUGAGCCAAGUCCAAACCGAUUACGCUUGUCAUCACACUAAACAUGUUGUUGUCCAGCAGCAGACGCAAAGGAAAUCAAGCUCUAAAUCGGUGAGCCAGGUGCAGGCCCAGGCCACAGAGGCUAUGGCGGAACCAGCCUAUACCAUACCGGUGUUCCGGCAGAGGACUACUGAGGAGACUGAGGAGUAUCAGAGAGUGACCACCAAUGUUGGCAAAGGACUGGCAGUUAUUCAGGAGGAGCUGCACAGGAUGAGGAUGGCCACCAAGGCCCAAGUGGAGAGUCUUGAGCUCCAGAGAGAGGUCCAGGGCAUGAUGAGCAAGAGGUCGGAGCUGUUGGAUGACAUCCCCAAGAUGCCGGACUUCCUGGUGGCCCUGCGGCCCCACACCGUGUGGGAGAAGACCCCCGUCAAGUUGUUCUGCACUGUGCAGGGAAACUCACGGCCCAUCGUCAAAUGGUACAAAGGAGGAGUGCCAGUCGACCCGCUGAGCGCUCCAGGAAAGUACAAGAUGGAGAGCAAGUAUGGAGUCCACAGUUUGAUCAUAAGCAGGUGUGCGGUGAGUGAUACGGCUGAGUACAGUGCCGUGGCCACCAACCAGCAUGGCACGGCCACCAGCAAGGCGAUGGUCACCGUGAAGAGACCGUCCGGAGCCGGGGCGUCCUGCCAGCUCGGUCUAGUGCCUCAUCUGACCGACAUCCACGCCAGCAAGCUGGAGGUCUCUCUGCUCGACCGCUUCUCCGUCAGCUUCGGCGUGGAAGGCGGCUCCAUCAGUCUGGUGUGCACCAUGGUGGUCGUCCCCGACCUCCCCAACGUGCCGCCCCUCGCCCAGUGGUACAGGGACGAUAAACUGCUGAAACCGAGUGACCUGGCGGAGAUGGCGGUGGGCGGAGGUGCGGCCCGCCUGACGCUGCCCCACCUGGCCAAGGACGACGAGGGCCUCUACACCCUGCGCAUCUUCACGAAGGACGGCACCGCCGAGCACAGCGCCUACCUGUUUGUCUCAGAUGCCGCUCCCUCUGCGGCCGGCGCCCCCGGCGCACCGAUGAGCGUGAAGGCGUACGACAUCAACUCGGACUACGUCCUGGUCGCCUGGAAACCCCCCAACACCGUCAACGAGGCGCCAAUCACUGGAUACUUUGUGGAUCGGUGCGAAGCCGGUAGCGACACCUGGGUCCAGUGCAGCGACGCCCCGGUGAAGGUUUGUAAAUACCCGGUGCACGGCCUGGUCGCGGGCCGCUCCUACCGCUUCCGGGUCCGAGCCGUGAACAGCUCCGGCAUCAGCAGGCCGUCCCGCAAGUCGGACAAAGUGACCGCCCUCGACGCCGCCGAGAGCGAGCGGCUGCAAGUGAUUAAAAUCGAAGGGAAAUACGACAUAGUGAUCAGGGACGAUGACCUGGAAGGCUACGUAACGAUCCCCGGGGAGCCCAGCGACGUGCACGCGUCGGAGGUUUUCCGCUCGUACGUGGUGCUGAGCUGGAAGCCGCCCAGCCCCCGCGGACGAGCGCCGCUGUGGUACGUCAUCGAGAAGUGCUUAGCAGGCACUGGAGCGUGGCAGCGGAUCAACGCAGCAGUCAGACUGCACUCCCCUCGCUACCCCGUUUUUGAUUUGCAAGACGGGCAAAAGUACCAGUUCCGGGUGUAUUCGGUCAACGUGUUCGGCUCCAGCGAGGCGUCCGAGCCCUCCGAGCCCGUCCAGAAGGUUGACGUGGACGGCGUCCCCUCUGCUCCCGGUCAGGUCGUUGCCACCAGGAACACCAAGUCAUCUGUGUUCGUGCAGUGGGAGCCUCCCAAGCAUCUGAAGAACCUGAUGGGAUAUUACAUCGACGGCCGCGUGGUCGGAUCCAAGGAGUGGUUCCCGUGUAACCACAAGCCCUUCAAACACAACAGGUUCGUGGUCCACGGCCUGACCCCAGGCGAGAGCUACGCGUUCCGCGUCCAGGCCGUCAACGUCUACGGCCUCAGUGACGAGUCGCAGGAGUCUUCGCCCAUCGCCGUGGAGCCGGCCCUCGCGACUCCCAGCGCUCCGUCCGGCAUCACCCUGCUGAGCUGCGACGGCUCCUCCAUGACUGUGGCCUGGAAGAGUCCCAAGCACUGCGGCGGCUCCAAGGUCAACGCCUACUACAUCGACAAGCGCAACGCCGACACCCUGACCUGGAAGGAGGUGAACCUGGCGCCCGUCACGGAGAGAAUCUGCACCGUCGACAAUCUGACGGAGGGAACCUUCUACGAGUUCAAGGUCCAGGCCGGGAACCUGGCGGGCGUCGGUGUCCCGUCGGCUCCCAGUGCCCCGAUGAAAUGUGGAGCGUGGACCAUGGACGAGCCAGGCCCGGCCUACGACCUGAGCUUCAGCGAGGUCAGAGGCAACUCCCUGGUCGUCCUGUGGAAGGCGCCGGUCUACACCGGAGCGAGCGCCGUCACUGGCUACCAGGUGGACAUGGCCAAGAAGGGCUCGGAGGAGUUUGUCACUCUGAACCAGGAAGCUGUGAGCCAGCGCUACCUGCAGGUGAGCGGUCUGGAGGAAGGAGCAACCUACGUGUUCAGAGUUCGUGCUGUCAACGCCAACGGUGUCGGGAAACCGUCCCAGCUGUCUGAGCCCGUCUGCGCCCGAGCUCUUCCAGGCACCCGGGAGAUCGUGGCCAGCGUGGACGAGGAGACCGGAGACAUCUUCCUGUCUCUCGAGGCCUGUGAGAUCUGCGAGACGUCCAAGUUCGUGUGGUCCAAGAACUACAAGCCCAUCGGCGACUGCCCCAGGGUCGGCGUGACAACGAAGGGCAGGACCUCCAGAUUGACGUUCACGAAGCCCGAUAAGGACGAUCUGGGCCGAUACUCGGUGGUCGUCACCGACACAGACGGAGUCUCUUCCAGUCACACGCUGACUGAGGACGCCCUGAACACCAUGCUGGAGCUCAGCUACGCCAUCCGACAUCCAGUUGUUCCUCUGAAGCACGGCCUGAACUACGAGGUUCUGGAGAAGGGUCACGUGCGUUUCUGGCUGCAGGCCGUCAAACUGUCGCCCUCCGUGUCCUACAGGUUCAUCGUCAACGACAAGGAGGUCACCAGUGGCGAGGGUCACAAGAUCAGCCACGACGUGGCCACGGGAAUCAUCCAGAUGACCGUGGACCAUUUCACCAGAGCCAACGAGGGAACGUACACCGUCCAGAUCCACGACGGCAAGGCCAAGACCCAGAGCUCCCUGGUGCUGGUGGGAGACGUUUUCAAGGCUGCUCUGAAGGAGGCGGAGUUUCAGAGGAAGGAGCACAUCAGGAAGCAAGGUCCACAUUUCUCUGAGUAUCUGUAUUUCACCGUCACUGAGGAUUGUACUGUGAUGCUCGCCUGCAAGGUGGCCAACGUGAAGAAGGAGACGACUUUCCACUGGUACAAAGAGGAGGACGAGAUUGUUCCAGAGACUCCUCCCAACGUCAUGUCGGGAGCCUGCGCUCUGCCCAUCCCCCUGUUCUCCAGGAAGGAUCAGGGAGUGUUCAAGGCCGUGCUCAGCGACGACCGAGGAAAAGACACGUCUCUGUUCGACAUUUCGGGCCAAGUGUUCGACGACAUCAUCAACGCCCUCGCCCAGCUCGCUGGUGCGUCGGCCUCUGAGCUGGUGCUGCAGUGCACUCCGGAGGGCAUCCGGCUGCAGUGCUCCAUGAACUACUACACGGAGGAGAUGAAGACCGUCUGGAAACACAAGGAGACGAAGAUCGCCUCCUCCGAGAAGAUGAGGAUCGGCGGCACGGCGGAGAUGGCCUGGAUGCAGAUCUGCGAUCCGUCCGACAAGGAGAAGGGUCACUACUCCAUCGAGAUCUGCGACGGCGAGAAGACUCACGCCAGGACCUUCGACCUCUCCGGACAAGCGUACACCGACGCCUACGAGGAAUACCUGAGACUCAAGGCGGCCGCCUUCGCUGAGAAAAACCGCGGCAGAGUGGUCGGCGGGCUGCCGGACGUGGUCACCAUCAUGGAACACAAGUCCCUGAGCCUGACCUGCACCGUGUGGGGCGAGCCCACCCCCGAGGUCACCUGGUUCAAGAACGAGCAGGAGGUCACCUCCAGCGAGCACACCAGGGUCACGUUUGACGGCGGCAAGUUCUCCAGCCUCGUCAUCACCAAGGUGACGCCCGAGGACUCCGGCAAGUACAGCAUCAACGUGCGGAACAAGUACGGCGGCGAGUUCGUCGAGAUCACCGUCAGCGUCUACAAGCACGGCGAGCAGAUCCCCGAGCCCAAACUGGGACAGCCCAAGACGGCCGCCGCCACGCCCGCCUCCACGCCCGUGCCGCCCAAGUCCCCAGCUCCGCCCUCCAAGACCCCGACCCCCACACCUUCCAAGGCCCAGACCCCGGCGCCGUCCGUGAAGAGCCCGACUCCGGCGUCCACCCCAGUCCCCAAGUCUCCAACCCCCACCCCGAAAUCCCCGACCCCGACUCCUCGCGGCGUCAAGUCGCCGACCCCGCCCAGAUUCAUGAAGUCUCCGACCCCGCCCAGGAAGUAAACGGUGGCGCUGAGGUCUGAGGGGGAAACAGCUGCUGUUAGCGCCGCGGAUUGUUAGCAUGAGUGUGAAACCAUUUUAAGAAGUCUUUAUCUAGACGUAGUCGCCGGUAAAAGAGGGCGAGUUAGACAUCUACAGCGGCUUCGCUUCUAAACGUCCUCUUCAGUUACUUCCUGUCAGUCAGCUGGUCACUGAGCUUCCACACGAGCGGCAAAAAAACUAAAGAAAAACAGAAGGCCAGAGUAGAUGUUAAAUGUUCAGUGUUUUUAAAAAGCUGCACCUUCCGCUACGCGUCGCUAGUGGAACGCCUCAUUCACGUACGGAGGAUAAAUGUUAAUCCUGGUUUUUGGCUCGUGGUUUUUAAACGUGUUACUCACCAGGUGGUCGGCUGAGAUCUGACGACGCAAACCGUCAGGUGAGACGGACCAACUGAGGGGGAAGGGUUCCCAGACGACGCCGUACAACCAGGGAUUAUCAUUAUUAUCAUUGCUCGUGACCCAAGUGGGCCGUAGAUAAUGAUGGAGUUCGUCCCUGCGACCGUCGCCGUCGUGUCAGAUCUCAGCCGUGGUCUCGGCGAGUGACUCGUUUUUCAUGGAAUGAAACCCAAAGCCGUUAGAAAACCAGAAUCCUGUAACGCUGCUUUUGUCCCCUGGUGGUUUGGAGAAUAAAACAUGUGAAUACAUUAAAUAUUCACUUCCUGCCAGUGAUCCGUCUGUGUGUGUUUUUCCCCCUCAGUGCUUUGUGAAGGCAAUAAACUUUACUUAUCAACCUCC